ACAUCUUGAUCGACUUUUUCUUUGGCUUUUUCGACUUCCAAAUUCCUCAGUAGCAUAAAACGAUGGCUUUCUUACGCGAAUUGAUGUCUAUCCUGAUGGUGAGUAUCUGGGUGGGGACGGUGAUGAGCGCUACGACGACGGCAACGAAUGCGUUAGAUGUGAGCCAGAAGGGUGCCGCAGGCUUACCGCCAUCUAGCAUGGCGGACGCGGUGGCUCAAAGCUUGGCCGCCAAUCCGGGCGAACUCUCUGGAGCGUGUCGGCAAACUCUCGCCGGUUUUGCCAAGGAUGAGGCUCUGGCGGUCUGCACCAAUUUGCAUCAGAUGGUCCAGAUCCGAACGUCCAAGGACUCCAUCUCUGCCCCAAUCAAGGCAUGGAUGAAGGGCAUGUGUGCAGCUCCCGCCUGUGUUCCCGCUUCUCUUACCUCCGCUGGUGAACAAUUCAAAACCGGUUGUGCUGCUGAAAUGCAAAGUGGAUCGAUGGACGCUGCGGCCUUUUACUCAAUCCUGACUACUUAUCAAACAAUCAGGACUGAUGGUUGUCCAAAUCUUGAGAAAUUGGACUUGUGUGAUCAAACCUUAGCCGGCCACAUCAAGAAAUGGACCAAAAAAGAGCGCCCAUUCUUUUCAGUGCAAAAGGCGGCUUAUUGUAUGGAAUGUGGACCGAAGAUUGCAAACCAACCAUCGCCGGAGACCAAAUCGGGGAAAAACUCGACGAAGCAUCCUCUUUGUCGCGGCACCGCUAGCGGCUCGAAUACUGUGGAUGGCUUGUUAGGCAAACCGAUUGUCAUUGCUCUUCCAGCUCCUAAUGGAUCGGCUAAACCUACCAAGCCAGCUAAAUCCAGCUAG